UCGGCCCGCUGGUGCUGAAGAAGGGCAUGUCUGGGUCCUGACAGUCCUCUCGCUGUUGACCCAUCGAUCCGCCGCCGCCGCCGCCGCCGCAGCUCGAUUCCGUGACGAUACACCAUGCCCAAGAAGGUUCAAAACGCCAAGGCCGUCGUUCUGGACGACGAAGAGGAGGAGUACGAGGUCGAGGCCAUCCUCGACCAGCGCAAGAAAGGGGGCAGAACCCAGUACCUUAUCAAAUGGGUUGGCUACACCGAAACCACCUGGGAGGACCAGGACAACAUCAGCGAUGGCCCGAUCUUGAAGGAGUUUUUGGACAGUCAAAAGGUCAAGAGCCCUACCACUCCGAGCUCCAAGCGGGCGGCUGCCACUGGAUCCAACUCUGGCUCCAAGAAAAAGAGAGCCAGAGACUCGGACGCUGCUUCGGCUACAAGCUCGCCACACAAGGGCCAGAGCUCGGCUGCCGAUGUCGCCACCCUGGUCGACUCCUCGGAAGACUCGGUUGUCUCAGAUGCCGAGAACGAGCUGACUGAGGAUAUUCGGGCCCAGGUCUCCUGGGAGGAUGAUGUCGAGUCCAUCGAGCAUGUCCAGCAAGCCAAGGACGAGUCCAGACAGCUGGUUGUCGUCCUGAAGUGGAAAGACGGCAAGCAGACCAUCCAUCGAUCCGAGACCAUCCACGAGAAGUGCCCAAAGAAACUUCUUGUCUAUUAUGAAGGCCACCUCCGCUUCACCCGACGACCUACCAACUGAACUGGACAGAGGGAGAGGUGGAAAAGCAGUCCGCACGCCGCUCUGGGCACCCAGUUCGGCCUGUCGGAUAGGCGAAAUCCCUUCAACCGCUUGUGCCAUACCUUGCUUUGCGAAUAUAGCGUUCCCAAAACGAAACGGGACACCCUGUUUUGAGCCAGGACUGUUGUUUUUCAAGGACCUGAAUACACACCCAUCACUACUGUGUGCAGGUCGAUUGUGGUGACCAGAGAGCGGACCGGUGGUCUUCACUCGGAGGCUGUCGAGGUGAUCUGUUGAAUUGUAUGUGACCGAGUCGGA